CCCUCCCCUCAUUGAUGAUGCUGAUAACUACUCAUAUUUUCCCUUUAAAUAACCUCUCUCCCGCUCUAUAUCUCUACCCCCACCUCCCACAACACUCUCUCUCUCCAUGGCUGACAACCUCUCCUUAUGUCUCGUGGUAGCCAUGGAUCGUCUUUGGUUUCACCAAAUUAUUCUGUUCCCAGAGCCCUUUUCACUAUAUUUCCCUAAAACCCUCAGACCAGUACAGCAGCCCAACUCAGAGUCUACCACUACGUCUACAAGCCCAUCAUCAAGCCUCUCUUUAUCAUCUCUACCAGGUGACAUCCCAACGGCCGUGUCUCCUCUCCCCGACCAAGAAAACUCAGCAAUUUCAUCUCCAUUAACUCCACCGGAUGAUUCUAAAAGAGAGGAAGAAGCGAAGAAAAGACCAACAAGAGUGAGUCUUAGCCGUAGUAGAAGUCGUUCACAUUCUUCAUCACCGUCAACCCAAAAACGUCAGAGGAAUCACAGACACUCAACUUCAUGUUCACCUGGGGGUAAACUGCAAGAAUCCAUGAGUUGUAGGAGCUUGAAAGAUUUGGAACUAGAAGAAGUAAAAGGUUUCAUGGAUCUUGGUUUUAUAUUCAAGAAAGAAAACUUAAAUGCAAGAAUGAUUAGUGUUGUCCCUGGCUUGCUCAGACUUGGAUUUCUCAAAACUAAACAGAAAACUGAACUGAAUCUUGCUGCUGAUGAACUACCUAAAGAUGAUGAUAUUGAACCAGAGGAGACCGGUGUUGUUAGACCAUAUUUAUCAGAGGCUUGGCUGAUUAAAAGACCUGAUUCUCCAUUGCUGAAUCUAAGGGUACCGAGGGUCUAUGCCGCUGCUGAUAUGAAGAAACAUCUCAAGUUUUGGGCUAGGACUGUUGCAUCUGUGGUUCAGCAGGAAUGCUAAGUGUAAAAUCUUGUCAAAUACUCCAUAGAAAAGAGCCUGUCAAAUCUAGCAAACAACAACUACAUAGCUGCAACUGUAAAAAAAAAAGAGUUUGUAAUGAGAUAGUAUACUAUAAAUAAACAAUGAGCCAAAUGCUCUUUCUGUCACCUAUUUUAACUACUUCUGAUUAAGAUAAAUGCAGAAGUAGGAUCUUCUUCUUUUGUUCUACUAAGUCAUCCGAAUUGCUGAAGAGAUAAGGCAACAAAAAGGAAGAUGAUCAGGACGGUCCUACCAUGUUCUGGGUUGAUAUAGAAUAA